AAUAACACAAAAUACCAUAAAUCCUACAAAAUUGCACAACUUUACAGUAAAAUAUUAAAGUAGGCUAUUACGUUUGUUUAAAAAAAGUUACAUGUUACAAAAUCACAUUUUACUCUCUGGUUAUGUAAGCUAGUUGGACAGAAAAAAGAAUAUUGUUGGCCAAUGUGUAAUUGCAUAGCAAGCAACAUAACAGGCCAUAUUUUAUUAUUUGCCUACUAUUAUUACGAUAUGAGUAAGCUGCAUACAUGCCUUUAUCUUUUGCAUGUCUUCCCCUCUUCCUUUUUAUUUGUUUACGUUACUUAAAUUGGCCUCCGGUGGCUUAGACCUUUUGCCUUACCAUAAUUUAGCGUUGAUUUAGAACUUGUCCCGCUGUCCCUACAGACGUCACCUCAUCCCUUCUUCUCGUAUACUUUUGAGUGAGUUGUCUUCUCCGAGCGCACACUCCGAGUCCCUCCCGACCAGGUUAAUUUACCCACCGAGUGCCAUGAUAUCAUUGACGUUGCGUGCAAAUGAGCGGUAAAAACCCGAUCGCGCAUUCGUUUGUUUGUUUGUUUUUUUGUUUUGUUUUUUUCUUGCGCGGGUGCCCUGGGCCGACCAGGGCUAAACCCGUCACUGAAUGGUUUUAAGGAAAAGGUUAGGCUACUCAGCUUAGUAAGCCUACAUUUGGCCGCGUCCAGUUUCUAGAGCAUCCAUAUUUCAACCCAGUGCCAUGACAACACCGGCCCUCGCGGCCAAAUAAACUGACCGGCCCACCGGGAAUUCUCCCGGUGCUCCCGAUUAGCCAAUCCGGGCCUGCUUGGAGGUAAGUAGCACAAGUAAGUAGCACUUUCUUUUAAAUGGGUUAUACUGCAAGAAAUAAAUAUUUUCCUUGAUCUUUUAAGCAACAAAUAAGACCCUUUUAAAUGGAUAUUUGUGCUUUGUACAUGUGAUAGUCGUCUCUCUCAGUGGCUUUGGUUGUGAUGAAUGAAUGUAGGAGAAGUCAGCUGUUUAGGCAUGAUUGGUUAAGCAGUCGGGUGUGGCUAGAGCCAGUUUUCUGAUUGGCCAACUCAUUAGUAACGGUCAAGGAGAGCAUCAGAAGGGAGUGUGCGUGCAGGGAUGUAUGGUUUAAUGCUAAUCAGACAGAGAUUAGACCGAUUUACAGACCACCCACCUUCUUCCAGUAAUCCCAGCAUUGCAGCCUGUGUAGAAUAUUUUUCUGUUUACUUAAAAAAUAUAGUAUAAAGUCAGUAAACCUAGUGAUUUUUUUUUUCUCUGUGUGUGUACCAAGAAGGUCUAUAAUACCGUUAGCAUUUCCUAACAAACCUUGACCCCUUUGAGUCAAGCCACAAGAAGUCUAUUUUUGGAUCUGCAUACUACCAUACUAUUACUAUUUCUGCUGGAUUUGCCGUAGGCACUUUGGGCCUUUCCAGUGUGAUGAAUUAUUUGGAAUAUCAAGUAGAGAACAAUUGUUGUCAACAAAAUCUGGUUCUUUUCCGACUAUUCGAUCAAACUACCAGAGGGAAAGGGUUUUUUUUUUUUUUAACACAAAAUGGAAAAUACACAGUAUACAUACUAUAGAAAAAGCAGUAAUACAAUGUCGUAUGCUAUUUGUGGUGGUUUAUUUCUAAGGACACCGACACUAAACCACCUGGGCAGUAAUUGUAUUGUGGCUGAUAAAUUAGCGUGAGAGCACAGGGGGUUAUUAAAACUAGAAAAUCCUGUCUUUACCUUAGCCAUGCAAGACACGCACGGUCCCGUCUCCUCAAAAGACCCACAUCUAAAACAAAAUCUUAUUUAGAAUUAGUUAUUUCUCUAAAUAGUAUCUGAGAAAUCACACCGGUCUCUAUGACAGCCCUCUCAGUCAAGUCUUUUGGUGAGAGGGCAUUUGAUUGCAGGACUAAUUCCAUUCCCUUGUUCUCUAUAUGCCAGGAAUCAAUUUUGUAAAUACAAAUUUGGAUACUAGCAAGGGCCUUGAGCUGCUAAACAUUGGAACAGUAUUGCGAGAUUGCGCAUUUAAUAAAUGUAGCAGAUAAUUUUCAGUAACAUAGCUGUAUAACAUUCUGUUGUUUGGUUUUGUCUAGCGAAGGUUUCUGAGAACAGGAUACAGGAAUUACAAUACAGUCAUGGAAAUGGCUGAUCCCCUGAUAAGUGUUGCCAACUAGGGAGCAGCUUGAGAGUCAUGUUAGAAUAAUUGCUAACAUGGCUAUAACAUCUUUAAAUUCACCAUGAAAAUUCACCCACAUCUUUUUUCUAGAACGAUUCAUCAUGCAUGUUUCACUUUCUAAUUUCUUUUGACCUCAAAAUAUUUCAUCAAAACUCAAUCCUCCAGUGAAACAAUGAAGACUUCUCUCUGUCUCACACCAAUAAUGUGACUUAAGCUACUUGAUUCCAGUUCGUUUACAGUUGUUGCAGACUUUAAGGGUCAAACCAUUACCUGUCCUUGACCUUACAGGUGGUCAAGUAUUCAGCUGAGAAAUUAUGUAAGCACCAAAUUAGUAUGUCUCCAACUUUUCGGAUCCUAUUGGGUUCAGAUUAUUUUGGUUUAUGUAUAUCUGGCAAAUCACCCUUUUCUCAUUUUCUCAUUCACUAUCUAUCACUUGUUCCCUGCUUGGCACUCUUGGUUAACUCCAGUUCCUCCAGUUACUUCUUGAUGAGCUGCUCUACAGGAUUACCAAACAAGAUUAGAAGAAAAAAAAAGAAAAAUCCCUUUCCAUCUGCCUACCUGCCACAGGAUCGCCUUAUACACCUGCGCUUAUCUUUGACAACCUGGACAGCACUUUAUAACAACAAUAAUAUACUGUCAUAACUAUCAGUGGAUACUGUGUAACAGGUAUGCACAGGUGUUGGAAGCUUUGGUCACAUCGUCCGAAGUGAAGCAGCAACUAUUGCACAACAGCUUAAUUUUUAAGCCACAGGAAGACACUAUGUGGAAGUUCAUAUGGUCCUGCACUUUGUGGUGUUUAGGCUGCGUUUUUGCAGUAGGCCAACUGGAUAUUACUGCAGAGGAAACUGAACGGAUUCCCGCACUCAUGAACGCAGAUAAGCGCUCACAAAGAUUUUUUCAAAUGUUUGGAAGCCAAGAACACUUGCCAAGACAUAAGCGUGGUGUUUUUUUGUCCAGUGGAGUACGCCUUUGCUAUCAAGAAACAGUGCAGCAAGCCAUCACAAACCAUCUUAAAUACUACCAACUCAGAGUGUGUCAGGAAGUUGUGUGGGAGGCCUUCAAAAUCUUCUUGGAGCGCCUCCCCAGUCAAGAAGAGUACCGGAACUGGAUGAGCCAAUGCCAGACAGAUAGAGUCUCCAUACGGGAGAUUGGCAUUUAUUUUAGCCAAUCAGAGGAACACUUAGCACUUGUCCACAGAAGACUUGCACAGACGAUACUGAAAAGUAAGAUACCUACAUACUCAGUAUGCAGACCAGAGGAUUCUUCCCAAGAGCAAAACAGUGUGCCACCAGCAGAGACCACUGUGUUGGUGACCACAGCAUUUCCAGAUGAGGUCACCUCUGAGAGCGUGAAGGAAGUUACUGCAGAAGCACCAUCUGCUGUCGUGACAAUGGAGCUGGAUACCGAGAUCACUAAUGAGAUUGAGCAGGAGGCAGCUGCUUUGCCUACACGUCCUCUGGUUGAGCAGAGGGUAGAGCUGACUAUGUUACUGACUGGAGAACCAUGGAGUGAAGAGCUGCUCAACUCCACCAGCAGUGAGCAUAGCAGACUCACUCAGCGGAUCACAGAGAAGAUUUCCGCUGCUUUGGAGAAACUAACAGAAUUCAAGAGUGUUUCAGUUUUGAACAUCAGGCCACAGGUGGAUCCCUCAAGUGGUGACAAGGCUGUACUGGUGGAAUAUGUUGUGUCCCUCCAGAACAACAGUGAAGUGAUCAGCAGUGAGACACUGGACUUCAUUAAUCUUCAAUCCAACAUGGUAGAGGGCACCUUUAGUUACUCAGAGGGGCCCACAGUCCAGUACACCAUUAUUGACCUCCACCCUGACAUCAAUGAGGCUCUGCAUGAGGAAACAUCUCCAGAGGAAACCCAUCCUGCCGAGGAGUUCCCAGACCCUGACCACAAGGGUGAUAUUUUAUCAGUAGAAAAACCGUCUGAGCUGCCUGGAGAAGUGGCAAAGGAGGUCUUUACCAUUAGUGACCAUUUGGAUCCUACUGUGUCUGAAGAGGAAGGUAUGGGAGAGCAAGAUGUCAUAAAUUUAGAUGAGAACACACCACCCCUUAUAGACCAUCUCAGCAGUAGUUUCUCAGAGGACCUUCAAGACAAGGACAUGGCAUUACUUUUUCCUCCUAGCCAGACCCCUACUGUGGAAGGUGAAGCUGUUGGUCCCGUUAUCGAUGCCAAGCAAGACAGUGACAUUACAAUGUAUGACCUUGAUCCCGCCUCUGGAUCUGGUGCAAUAGAAAACAAUUGGGUAACUGUCCAUCCUAAUGAGGCUCAGGAGCCAGUUGGAGAGACAGAAGUUGAUGAAGAGUUUUUGAUUAACGUAGACAUGCCACAGAUAGAGGACUAUGAAUUCUCCACAAUUACAACAGUGGUUGAAGAGGACCAGAUCUUGCCUGUGGAAACCACAGAAUUGAUUACUGUUGAAGCUGGAGAAGAUGAAAACCUACAACAUGGUAGUGAUGCACCCGCAAUGCCAUCAGUCAAGGUGGCUGAGGUAGAAUCUACCCCAGAACCUGAGAAAGAGCUCAUAUUACCUGCAGAAGAAGAGGGGCAAGAGGAAGACAACAAGGAAGAAAGUGUUCUAAUAGAAACACAAAAGGAUGAGGAAACUGAAGUUGCUGUAAUCACAAAGGAGAAAUCAGAGGAGACUGAAGAAGAGGAAGAAUAUGUUGACAUUACCACAAUGCCACAGGAGAACAAAGAUUUUGUACUCACAGAUAUAUCAGCUAUACAGUUAUCAGAGGAAAUUCUAAAAGAGGAUGAGAUCCUAUUGGUCACCAUUGAACCAGCAAGCCCAGUCUACCCAACACCACUUUCACCUGAGAUAGAACAACCCUUCUCCCUCAUGACCAUGAAAACCCCAGAAGAGGUUGAGUUGGGGCAUACCUUAAAUUCAGAAGUCAUGACUACAUCUCUGGAUGUGAUCGAUUACAGAGAGGAAGAGGGUAGUGGUGUCCCUAGUGUCAUUCAGGGGGAUGGAGUUUCCAGCAUUGCCUUGCCAACUAACCCUGGGAGGUCUUUGAUGGUGUUUUUCAGUCUUCGUGUAACUAACAUGAUGUUCUCUGACGAUCUGUUCAAUAAGAGCUCUGCAGAGUACAAAGCCUUGGAGCAACGGUUCCUUGAACUGUUGGUGCCAUAUCUGCAGUCAAACCUCAGUCACUUUGAGAACCUGGAGAUCUUAAACUUCAGAAAUGGAAGUAUUGUGGUGAAUAGCCGUAUGAAGUUUGGGAGGCCCGUUCUUCGUGAAGUCAAUACUGCUGUUUACCUCAUUCUUGAGGACUUCUGCAACACUGCUUACCAGACCAUGAACCUUGCCAUUGACAAAUAUUCGUUGGAUGUCGAAUCGGGGGAACAUGCAGACCCGUGCAAGUUUCAGGCAUGUAAUGAGUUUGCAGAAUGUACAGUGAACCGCUGGUCAGGUGAGGCUGAAUGUGUGUGUAACGCUGGUUACUUCAGCGUGGACGGACUACCCUGCCAGAGCGUCUGUGACCUUCAGGAUGACUUCUGCCUGAAUGAUGGGAAAUGUGAUGUCAUUCCAGGACAAGGAGCCAUCUGCAGAUGCCGUGUGGGGGAAAACUGGUGGUACAGAGGGGAACAUUGUGAAGAAUAUGUUUCUGAGCCACUCGUAGUUGGAAUUGCCAUAGCAUCUGUUGCUGGAUUCCUGCUGGUGGCAUCAGGAGUAAUCUUCUUCUUAGCAAGAACUCUGAGAGACCAGUAUGACAAGGACGAGACGGAAGACCCAGCACGGAGCGAUGACAGUCCACCGUUUAUAGACAGAGCCACUAAGUACAACCCCAUGUUCGAGAGCGAUUUAACGACAGGCUACAGUCAUUACUACCAGCGGUACCCAGAGCCCCCAGUCCACAGCAGCACCAGUGCUGAAGCAUCCACUGACUUCAGCAGUGAAGAGAUACAGCAUAUUUAUGAGAACAGCGAACUCACCAAGGAGGAGAUUCAAGAUCGCAUACGCAUCCUUGAACUCUACACAAGAGAUCGUCAGUUUGCAGAUUUUUUGCGGCAGCAUCAAAUAACAAUGGAUAAUCGAAGAGAAAGUUCCUCCUCAUAGGAAAUAUGUCCAAUAUCCUGCUGGGUGCAUGACGUUGAAGAAACUUGUCUUUUGGGAAAUUACCUCUCAAUGAUUUCUGAACAAUUUUUCUUCUGCGUCUCUUUUUCUCUUAGAGACUUUACCAUCACAAAUUAAAAUGGGUAACUAUGGAUCUUUCUUAAAAUACGUUUUAAGAAAGAAAAAGAUAUUUUGUUUCUUUUAUUAUUUUUUGCCCUACUGUUAAAGACUGUUUCACUUUUUGUCUGUAUUGGAACAAAUUCACGGUCACAGACAAUAUUUAUGUCAUUGGUUGAAAUGUUUUGUUAGUGCCUUCUGUUCUUAUAGCUGUGGUCCGUCUCUCAGCCAAACAAUCUUUGGUGUUCAGAGAAAAAGAUUCCUGAUGCAUUAUUCUUGAAAGUUACUUGAAUGAAUGACCAUUGCUGUUCUAUUACUUUUAGUACAUUACAUGUAUGUUUUAUUCUUUGGUACCUUUUAUAGUUUCACUGCUUUUCAGAAAUUAAAAAAAAAAAAAAAAAAAAAA